GUCUUGAUGCUGGAAAUAAUCCAAGAUGAGGGACUUUGUUGUUGCUUCACUUGUGCGUGCUGCCCUGCAGAGGCCCGAGCUCGGCGACCGCAGAGGCAUGUGCGGGACUCUCCGCAGCGUGCUUCGGUCUGUCCCGCGGCGUCUGCCGCACCGGGUCCCGAGCAGGCGGCGAGCGGAAGCCAGAGCUAGCGGGGUGACGAGGACUCGAUCCCUCCCCCUCCCCUCCGCCCUGAUGUGGCCAAGGAGCGGAGCGGAGCGAGGCGCUGUGUUGCCGGGGAGUCUGAGACGGCCACCGUUGCCCUUACAGUCCUCCGCGCCCGGCUCCGGGUCCCCGGCUGCUGCGUGCGACGCCGCGGGAAGCUCCUCCUUAGUGCUGGCGCCAGAUGCUCGGUGGCCGCCGCCCCCCAAGUUCUCGCCGAAAGUGCUUCCCGGUGACUGCGGGUGGGCUCCGAGACCCCCGGGGCUGCAGCCGCGCUCCCUGGCUCCUACCUUUACGGGCGGGGCGGUCACCAGCCGCUCGCUCUCGCUGGGAGUCCCCGACAGGAAAAUCACUGCGAAGGGAGGGCCGGGAAAGGGCGGCGGGUGGCUUCAGGACAAGGUAGGAGGAUUGAUUUCCAGAGCCAAGAAGACACUCCCAUCCUGCCCCGGUUUGUUGGGAAAGCUGCGGGAGCAAAGGCGGGAGGCUGUGAAAGGCUCUCCUUCCAGGCGCUUAUGGGAGGCAGACAUCAACAGAGAUGGGGCUCAUCCUGGACUGUCUGUGACAUCAGACACAGAGGGUAUUUUGGUUUCUAGCUGA